CGACCCAACCUAAUCCCCCGGACCAACAGACGAGAGUCUCUCCGCCUCGCUGUGUAGUUUCUAACAAUACCAAUAAAAUAAGACCUCCCUCCUCUUCUUCCUCUCUCCUUCUUGGGUUCUCUCCGUCGACGAUUCGAGGCGAGAAGGAAAGAGACUUCGAUCUGCUUCGCUUGGCGAUCCAUGAUGCACGCUGGACCGACCGGAUUCCGCAAUGCACCGGUCACGCGGACCCUUGUGAUAACCAGCGCCGUCCUCUCGGUCACUUCUGCGGUUUCCGGCCGGCCCCGUCGACUCGGAUUGUCGUUCCAGGAUAUUUUUGAAAACCAUGAUCUUUUGAAGGCUAUUCCCUCAGUAUUUGCCUUCUCAUCAAUUCCAGAGUUAGUUGCUGGAUUCUAUUUGCUAUAUUACUUCAGAGUAUUCGAGAGACAGAUAGGCUCUAACAAGUACUCAGUGUUUGUUCUAUUCUGUAUAGUUGCGUCGACAUUUUUUGAAAUCCUAGCUUUGGCACUUCUAAAAGACUCUCAUGUUCUUGCAUCUGGACCAUAUGGUCUUAUAUUUGCUGCAUUUGUACCCUUUUUUGUUGAUGUCCCUGUUAUGUCACGAUUCCGUGUGCUUGGGAUAAACUUUACUGACAAGUCUAUCGUAUACUUUGUAGGCUUUCAGCUUCUUUUGUGUGGCUGGAAAUGGUCAUUUAUACCAGGCAUGUGUGGUGUUCUUGCUGGUUUUCUUUAUUUUGUUAAUGCAUUUGGCAUUCGGAGGCUAAAGUUCCCUAAAAAGGUUGCAUCAGUGGUUUCAAGGUUAUUCUUGUCCUCUUCAACAAGUUCAACACAUAAUUCAACUGCAAAUAUCAGAAGAAAUGCACGUGUGCCUUAUGCUGACCAUCGAGUCCAGCAUAACUAUUCUUCAGUUGGACAUAUUUCUAUGCCAGAGCCACCAGAGUCUUCUAUUGCUACAUUGGUGUCCAUGGGGUUUGACGGCAACGCUGCAAGGCAGGCACUAAUGCAGGCUAGAAAUGACUUAAAUGUAGCCACGAACAUACUACUCGAAGCACAAUGAUAUAUGUAGUCAGAUGGAUUGACUAAAGCCCUCCAUAAGCACAAUGAUACAAGCAAAAGAAGAACCAGCUCAGUGAUCUUUAUUCUCAUCUUUGAUGUGGUCAAUGAGAGAAGUUGAACUCGUUCUUUUCCUGCAUUUCCUUGGGGGUCAUCUGGUCAGAACUUUAGAAUGUUAUUGUACAUCUAGAAACUCCUCCAGAGAAGUCUGUAAGAUCCCAUAGUCUUAUAGGAAGGCUACGGAGAAUCGUUGCGAUGACCUCGAUAUGAUGUUAAUUCGCUGGGGUUUAAAACUCGAUCUUUUACUUCUCUAACCUCUCAUCGGACAAAUUUCUGGAUGGCUCGGGAAUGAAUUGUUAUUUGUUCAAAAGCAGUUUUCAAUGAUGUACAUGGUCGAAACAGCUUUGUUACCACUUUUAUCCUAUGAUGAUGUUUGCUUUGCCUUUA